UGCUAUCCAAUUUUUUUGUGUGAUUAUUCCCUCUUCACACACCAGCCUAUAAAAAGCCUUCUCCCUUGCUCCUACACUUGAACAAAUUAAGAGUAAUUGUCACCAACAUAGUAACAUUUAACCACACCUGUGGCCAAAUGACAUCCUCAGUUCCCUUGGUCUCCACCUUAUUGCUUUGCUCUAUUGCUCUUCUCUACUCUGCAUCAUUUGGAGCUGAAGCAUGGACCUCGCCCUACAUACCCGUCUCUUCCCUCAUCAGCAAAAGUCUUUAUGACACAUUUUUCCUUCACAAAGAUGACACUGCAUGCCCUGCCAAAGACUUCUACCCCUACGACGCCUUCAUUCGUGCAUCCAAAUCCUUCCCUGCGUUUGGUACCACCGGAUGUUUAGCAACACGCAAGCGUGAGAUUGCUGCGUUUCUCGCUCAGAUUUCCCACGAAACCACUGGCGGCUGGGCCACCGCACCCGACGGCCCAUUUGCAUGGGGUCUCUGCUUCAAGGAAGAAAUUAGUCCUCAGAGUAAUUACUGUGAUUCUACUAACACCCAAUGGCCUUGUUUCCCAGGCAAAAGCUACAAGGGUCGAGGACCCAUUCAACUUUCUUGGAACUACAACUAUGGUCCAGCAGGGAAGGCUUUGGGAUUUGAUGGGCUGAGGAACCCAGAGAUUGUGGCGAACAAUUCUGUGAUAGCCUUCAAAACUGCUAUGUGGUUUUGGAUGACAGAGCAAAAGCCAAAACCUUCAUGCCACAAUGUGAUGGUUGGGAUAUAUGUGCCGACAGAAGAUGACAUAGCAGCAAACCGAACAGCGGGUUAUGGUUUGGUGACUAACAUAAUCAAUGGUGGACUGGAAUGUGGGAUUCCUGGUGAUGCAAGAGUGAAUGAUCGGAUUGGGUUUUUCGAAAGGUAUACGAAGUUGUUCAACGUGGACACUGGACCUAACUUGGAUUGUGCAUAUCAGAAACCCUUCUAACUCUUUCGUUAUGUUUUUGUUUUGUGUUUUUCUUUUCCUUUAAUUUAAUUUUUUUUUCUCUGCCAAGACUUUAAUAAUGUAUUGAAAGAAAGCAAAUACUACCUGCUUCAUGGAAUUUUCCUAAUGUACUCAAAACAGAAGUUGACAAACAAAGUUUUAUAUUAUUCUUGAU